AGAAACAACUUGCUGUUCCACAAAAACUGUUUGUCCGCGACCAUGCUAACUAGCCUUAGUAUUCAUGGCAGGCUCAAGCUGCAUUGUAGCACAGAGUAAGGCAGGAGGGAUAAGCGGGCAUGAUGGACAGCGCUAAGACCCGCCUCCUGGCUCUGAUUGGUUGUUUGCAGUUAGCACUGCAGAGCAACUGGAUUUUUUUUUGGACAGAUUAUCUGUGUCAUACUGUAGUCUCAUGACGUCGUGGCAGAUUAAAUAUAUGUGAAAAAUAUUUUUUUAAUAUAAAAGUUACAUACUGCAGCUUUAAGGCUUUUAGGCUUUCUCAUACUUUAUCCGAAGUGUCAAAUUCGGCUCUUGUUGACCUAGCCACAUGACAAAAUUGUAUCGUCUUGCUCACAGGGAGGAUUUCUCCCAUUGACUUGGAUUGUCUCCUGUAGUUUCUCCCCUGGACCAAUCAGCAAACAGAAGGAAAAGUUGUGAACGACGAUUUCAAUUCUCUGCAUUGUUUUAGAACUGUAGCCUGCCUGUAGUUUUAGCAAUGACAACCGUAGGAAGUGAGCGAAGACAUUCAGUCUGAAUUGGCAACGUUUCCAAAUAUUGGAUCAACAUUAACAGCCACCUCAUUCGGCUCUGCACUUCUCUCUUAGCAUUGGAGGAUGGUUGUCUAGAGCUCAGACAAUUUCCAGCUUCUUAGCAUCGAGCUAGUAAUGCAUUUCAUGCGUCACGGGCAGAUGCUAGCAACUGGGGACAAUUUAAAACCUCAACAGAGUCCACGCCUCCAGGAAGCAAUCGUUUCUCAGACCCUCCGGACGAAGCAAACGGUGUAGGACAAGGCCUCGUUUUUACAAGCCUCCAAAGAUCGUCAAACAGCUGAGAACUCAUGGAUGGAAAUUGCAAAGUCACUGUCCAUGAAGGAAUCUGCCUCCCAAACAUAAACCUGCCAGAACAAAUGUGGUUGGGCUUUUUUUUCUUCUCUUUUUAAAGUGCUUUGAAAUAAAAUGCAAGAAAAUGGACAAAAGCAACGUAAGCAAAAUUUGAACCAAGUCAUCUUUAAAUGUGGGAUUGGGCAUGCUGCUUUCUCCCGCUCAUCACAUGCCGUCUCCCUCAGUCGGAGGCCAUUAGUCCGCCCUCCAUUAUGGAUGAGCUGAGUGGAGUUGGCUCCUCGCUCGGUCUGCCUGCUGCAUCCAUUCGAGGGUAAACCCAGCCGUUCACAGCUUGUCUGCGUAUGUCGCCUACCUCCCAAUUAGCUAUGCUCUCUUAAUCUUCCACCACUUCAAACCCUUUCUCGUUGUUGCGUAACAACCCUGACUACGGUCGGCCUUUAGUCGUUGUGAAAAGCUAACAUCUCUUUCCUCUGCUUCCUUCAUUCAUGGUGCCUUGCAGUGAGAGCUUUUAACAGAGUUGAAAGCAAAAAAUUGCAAAAGUACAUCAUAGCCUGGAUAAAACGACCCAUAAUCCCCUGCUGUCUUUUGUUAUUCCUUUCUAUACGAGCGACCCACCCUUCCUCCCCUCAGCACUCCCUCUUUCUCUCUCGUUCUCUCUUCCCUCCCUCACCUUUUGCUUCUUGGACUCACUUGCUCAGACACGCAGUCGCCAAAGGAUGUGGGACCCACCGUAUGUGUCAGAGCGGGCUGAAAUUUCGCCUGUGUUUUGUGCCUUGAUACAUUCGCAGCAGAAAUCCAACCGGCAGCAUGUUCCGACGCACUAAAAGUUGCCGCACGAGCAACAGGAAGAGUCUGAUCCUGACAACCACGUCUCCCACGCUGCCUCGCCCGCACUCCCCUCUCCCGGGUCACCUCGGAAGCAGCCCCCUGGACAGCCCCAGAAACUUCUCCCCCAGCAACCCUGCACACUUCUCAUUCGCCUCCUCCAGAAGAGCGGACGGGAGGAGAUGGUCUUUGGCGUCUCUGCCCUCCUCUGGAUAUGGCACCAACACUCCCAGCUCAACGUCGUCCAGCUCCUCUCAGGAGCGGCUGCACCAGCUGCCCUCCCAGCCCACCAUGGACGAGCUCCACUUCUUAUCCAAGCACUUUGGCAGCACCGAGAGCAUCACGGACGACGACGGGGGCCGCUGCUCCCCGCGCAUGCGCCCUCGCUCCCGCAGCCUCAGCCCGGGACGCUCCUCCUCCUGCUAUGACAAUGAGAUCGUCAUGAUGAACCAUGUGUACAAAGAACGGUUUCCAAAGGCCACGGCGCAGAUGGAGGAGAGGCUAGCCGAGUUCACCCACGCCUUCUCACCCGAGAGCGUUCUUCCUCUGGCCGACGGGGUCCUCAGCUUCAUCCAUCACCAGAUCGCCGAGCUGGCCAGAGACUGCCUGGCCAAAUCACGCGAGGGCCUCAUCACUUCUGUCUACUUCUUUGAACUGCAAGAGAACCUGGAGAAGCUGCUUCAUGAUGCCUUCAAGCGCUCUGAAAGCUCUGAAGUUGCCUUUGUGACGGAGCUGGUGAAGAAGCUUCUAAUCAUCAUUUCCCGACCUGCGAGGCUCCUGGAGUGUCUGGAGUUUAACCCGGAAGAGUUUUACCAUCUCCUGGAGGCAGCGGAGGACCAUGCCAAGGAGGGUCAUCUGAUGAAAACUGACAUUCCCCGUUACAUCAUCAGCCAGCUGGGACUGACCAGGGACCCAGUAGAAGACAUGGUGAAGCUGGAAAGUUACGACAGCGAGGGACCAGUGACGCCUGAAACAGACGACUCCACAGAGGGAAAAAUCAGAGCAAUAAAACCUCCAGGAGAAGCAGACUUCCAGACCAUCAAGCUGAUCAGUAACGGAGCGUACGGCGCCGUGUACUUGGUGCGUCAUUUGGAGACGCGCCAGCGGUUUGCCAUGAAGAAGAUCAACAAGCAGAACCUGAUCCUGAGGAACCAAAUCCAGCAGGCGUUUGUGGAAAGGGACAUCCUGACGUUUGCAGAGAACCCCUUCGUCGUCUCCAUGUUCUGUUCCUUCGAAACGCGCCGCCAUCUCUGCAUGGUCAUGGAGUACGUGGAAGGAGGGGAUUGUGCCACGUUGCUGAAGAACAUCGGGGCUCUGCCUGUGGAAAUGGCGCGCAUGUACUUCGCAGAGACUGUCCUCGCGCUGGAGUACCUGCACAACUACGGCAUCGUCCACCGAGACCUCAAGCCUGACAACCUCUUAAUAACGUCAAUGGGACACAUCAAGCUGACUGACUUCGGUCUGUCUAAGAUCGGCCUGAUGAGUCUGACCACCAACCUGUAUGAAGGGCACAUAGAGAAGGACACACGGGAGUUUUUGGAUAAACAGGUGUGUGGAACCCCAGAGUACAUCGCGCCGGAGGUGAUUCUGCGUCAGGGUUAUGGGAAGCCAGUGGACUGGUGGGCAAUGGGCAUCAUCCUGUAUGAGUUCCUGGUGGGUUGCGUGCCUUUCUUUGGAGACACGCCAGAGGAAUUGUUUGGACAAGUCAUCACAGAUGACAUUGUGUGGCCAGAUGGAGACGAGGCUCUUCCUGUGGACGCCCAGCACCUGAUCUCCUCUCUGCUGCAGACGAAUCCUCUGGUGCGACUGGGCACAGGUGGUGCUUUCGAAGUCAAGCAGCACUCAUUUUUUGCAGAGGUGGACUGGAACAGCCUGCUGAGACAGAAAGCUGAGUUCAUCCCUCACCUGGAGUCAGAAGAAGACACCAGUUAUUUUGACACUCGGUCGGAACGCUACCAUCACGUCCAGUCCUACGACGAGGAUGACACCAACGACGAUGAGCCGGUGGAGAUCCAUCGCUUCUCGUCCUGCUCCCCUCGCUUCAGCAAGGUGUACAGCAGUAUGGAGCAUCUGUCCCAGCUGGAGCACAAACCCCACACUGUGACUCUACGGGAGCACAAGGUUCCCAGGGAGGACCGGGUAGCCAAGCGAGAAAGCUUGGGAAGCGUCACCCUACGAGACAAGAGCUGGAGGACAAGUUCACCGGAAAUGAAGCGCCUGUCCUGUUCGGAGUCCUUCUUUACUGAAAGUGACUCCAGCCCGCCGUCCGGGGCUCGCAGGCGCUUCUCCGCCCUGAUGGAUAUGAGCCGCUUCGCCUCACCUCAGGAGCUGAACGCCGAGCCGCUGGGUCCAGGGAAGCAGCCUCCCGUCAAGACCAGGGGGACUUCCCUGGAAGGGGCCAUCCCCUCCCACGGAGACCUGAGGACGCUCCUUAAAGAUGACAAACUUUUGAGACCUGCCGACGCGUCGCUGCCGCUGCCAGGCAGUACGAGCAGUCUGGGUCUUCCUGAUCUCCAGGGGCCCCGUGGGGCCGCCACGGACCUGGUGUUGCGGAGGGUCAGACACCAGCAGCUCUCGUCCGAAGGAGACAAGCGAAACUCGCGACCAGGAACUAAAGUCAUCAAGUCUGCGUCGGCCACUGCUCUGUCUGUCAUCAUUCCAGCAGUGGAGCAGCACGUUGCGUCCCCACUGCCCAGCCCCAUGUCGCCUCGCUCCCUGCCGUCCAACCCGUCCUCCCGCGACUCGUCUCCAAGCAGAGACUUCUGUCCCAUGGUGAACGUCCUGCACUCUCCCAUCACCAUCCACCGCUCCGGGAAGAAGUACGGCUUCACCCUCCGGGCGAUCCGGGUCUACAUAGGAGACAGUGACAUUUACAGCGUGCAUCACAUGGUUUGGCAUGUUGAAGAUGGAGGUCCUGCCCAGGAGGCUGGUCUUAAAGCUGGAGACCUCAUAACUCACGUAAACGGGGAGUCGGUCCACGGCCUAGUCCAUACAGAAGUAGUGGAGCUCAUCCUGAAGAGCGGAAACAAAGUUACAGUCGCGACUACUCCCUUUGAGAAUACCUCCAUAAAGGUGGGGCCUGCCCGCAAGUCCAGCUACAAAUCUAAAAUGGCACGUCGCAGCAAAAGGACCAGAGUCAAGGAGGGCCAAGAUAAAAAACGAAGUUCACUCUUCAGGAAAAUCACAAAGCAGUCCAACCUGCUCCACACCAGCCGGAGCCUCUCGUCCUUAAAUCGCUCUCUUUCAUCUGGAGACAGCCUGCCGGGGUCCCCUACCCACAGCUUUUCUGCCCGCUCCCCCACACAGAGCUACCGCUCCACUCUGGAAUCCACUUAUCUGGGUACGUCAUCCCAGAGCAGCUCUCCGGCAUCAAGCACUCCCAACUCCCCAGCGACUUCCCACCACAUGAGGCCCAGCUCCCUGCACGGCCUGUCCCCCAAGCUUCACCGCCAGUACCGCUCGGCCCGCUGCAAAUCCGCCGGUAACAUCCCGCUAUCCCCUCUGGCUCACACCCCGUCCCCUACCACCUCCUCCCCUCCACCUGUUACGGGCCACACGGUGGGGAGCUCCAACACCACCCAAAUGUUCCCCGCCAAGCUGCACUCCUCGCCUCCAGUCGCCCGCCCUCGUCCCAAGAGUGCCGAGCCACCCAGGUCUCCCCUGCUGCAGCGGGUACAGUCUGCGGAAAAGCUCGGGGCACCCGUCCUACCUUCCUCCUCUUCGUCGUCGUCGUCACCCUCCCCUCUGACCGGAGGAGUGUCGUUGCGCAAGCAUAGCUUAGAGGUGUCUCACGGGGACUACAGGAGAGAGUCCUUCCACUGCGAACACAGUCUGCAGAGUUUGCUGGAGAUAGAAGGAGAGAAUGGACCUGCUCCACCCUCUCCGUCCUCGUCUUCCUCCCCUUCUUCUCCUAUGGGAGCAGAUAUUUUAUCGCUGAACCAUGUGAGGAAGCUGGGGAGGCAGGAAUCGCUGCUCAGCAGAGACACGCUUGUGACAGUAAAGGAGAAAGAUGUUGUUCCGUCAGCGUCUGAGCUCUCUGAGUUGCCAAAUGUAAGGUCGGUUUCUCCAACAGAGUCUAAGACAAGUGUUGAUACAAGCAAGGCACCACUCAAUGAGGUUGAAAAGAGUAGCGGUGGUACGAAGGCAGCUGAAACAAAGACUAGUACCUCAUCUACAGACAUCAGAACAGGCGCUGGGAUCAAGCAUUUAGGUACAAAAGUGUCAACUUUGGAGGCAACAGACUUUCAGGCCAAAGCUGGCGAGAAAACUCCAGACAUAUCCAAGAGCCCACAACAAGACACAAAGCAGCAGAGUGUGCAGACAGAUGCGUUACAUGUUACCAAAACUCGGGAGAAGACAGAAGAGAAAGAAAAAAGCACUGUAGGUGUAGAGAAAGCAAACCUCCAGAAAACAUUGACCACUGAGCAGUUCAAGCAGCAUAUAGGCUCAGAGACUGGAGAUAAAAGAGGAAUCAGUGGCGGCGACAGGGCAACUGAUACGACGAAGACCAAAGUACCUGGACCGCCAGUUCCAUCCCUGGCUAAAACGCACUCAGCACCCAGGCUCAGAGCAGAGAAGUCGGCAAGCAGCAGCCGUGGCGUCAAAGAGGAGAAGGCUCAACUGGAAGUCCUGGAGGAAAACCCAGCGUCCCCUUCCUCAAACGCUGCCUCGCCAUGCUCAAGCAAACUACGGGCCAUGUCUCCGGGGGACAAGACCAGCUUCGUCACCCAACUCACGAGUGUGGCUAAGACGGUCCUGGGUCCCAUGAAAGGAGGGUCUCAAGAGGGCAGCAAAGUGAAAGACGCCUCAAAGUCAAGUGAAGAGAAGAAGGGAAGCACAGCGGGGAAAGCAGAGGCCUCAUCCACAGGGGUCCACCGAGGGGCUCGGGGCUUCACCACGGCCACUGCUCACUCUGAGAAAGGUAACAGUCGGAGCGCUAAACAUCACUCGUGA